UGGACCUGGUAGUCGGCCAGCGAGCAGUAUGGAGGCACCCUGGGGGAUCGUCAACGCUGAGCGGAGCUGGUACGUCUCUGCCCAGCAGCCCGAAGAGGCGGAGGCGGAAGAGUUGAGCCUGUUGCUAAGCAACGAACUUUACAGACAGGGAUCCCCAGGUGUUUCAUUUGGUUUUUCUGUGUUUAAUAUGACGAAUGCCAUCAUGGGAAGUGGCAUCCUUGGCUUAGCUUAUGUUAUGGCUCAUACUGGCAUCCUUGGAUUUAGUUUCUUGCUGUUGAUAGUUGCUCUCCUGGCUUCUUACUCAGUUCACCUCCUGCUUAGUAUGUGCAUUCAGACAGCUGUGACAUCUUAUGAAGAUCUUGGACUCUUUGCAUUUGGAUUACCCGGAAAGGUGGCAGUAGCAGGCACCGUCCUAAUUCAGAAUAUUGGAGCUAUGUCAUCUUAUCUUUUAAUUAUUAAAACAGAGCUUCCUGCUGCUAUUUCAGAAUUUUUGUCGGGAGACCAUACUGGGUCUUGGUAUCUCGAUGGACAAACACUACUAAUAAUCAUUUGUGUUGGCAUUGUGUUCCCUCUUGCACUUCUUCCUAAAAUAGGCUUUCUUGGCUACACAAGUAGUUUAUCAUUUUUCUUUAUGGUGUUCUUUGCUCUUGUGGUGAUGAUUAAAAAAUGGUCCAUUCCUUGUCCUCUGCCAUUAAAUUAUGUAGAGCAAUACUUCCAGAUUUCAAAUGCUACAGAUGAUUGUAAACCAAAGCUCUUUCAUUUCUCCAAAGAGAGUGUUUAUGCCAUACCUACCAUGGCUUUUUCAUUUCUCUGCCAUACCUCAGUAUUGCCAAUAUACUGUGAACUUCAAAGCCCUUCAAAGAAAAGAAUGCAAAAUGUAACCCACACAGCAAUUGCUUUAAGUUUUCUCAUUUAUUUUAUAUCUGCACUCUUUGGGUACCUCACUUUUUAUGACAAAGUGGCGUCAGAAUUACUGCAAGGUUAUAGCACAUACUUGCCCCAUGAUGUUGUUGUCAUGACUGUGAAGUUAUGCAUACUAUUUGCUGUGCUUUUGACAGUCCCUCUAAUCCACUUCCCUGCAAGGAAAGCUUUAAUGAUGAUGUUUUUCUCCAACUUUCCAUUCUCAUGGAUUCGCCAUUCUUUGAUCACUUUAGCAGUCAAUAUUAUCAUUGUUUUACUUGCAUUAUAUGUUCCUGACAUUAAGAAUGUAUUUGGUAUAAUUGGUUCCAGUACAUCAACGUGUUUGAUUUUUGUAUUCCCAGGACUAUUUUAUCUUAAACUUAGCAGAGAGGAUUUUCUCUCAUGGAAAAAGCUUGGGGCUUUUGUUUUGCUCAUCUUUGGAAUUUUGGUUGGGAAUUUUAGUUUAGCACUAAUCAUUUUUAAUUGGAUUAAUAAAUGAAAGAAAUAUGUUCCUACUUCUUAUGAAGAAUAAUUUACCUCUAUAUGCAAAAAAAGGAGUAAUUCUGGAAGGCACCUUGGAUAAAUCUUUUUUAUAUGGGUAAACAUUUUUGUAAACAUUAUUAACAGAAAAGCAGAACAAAAUGGGAGUAGGUAGGGGAAAGUGGGUUUAUAACAGUUUUAAUUAAAAUAAAUUCAAAA